GUGACACUGUAGAGGGCGCUGUUUAGAUACCCAACUUCCGAGGUGGGAGGAAGUUCGCUUGGCGUUCUGUGGUGUCUGCAGCCUCAAUGCCCAUCACGAUCAAAACACUGUACUGAGGUGAGUGUCUGAACUGUUUAACAUGAACCGUAAAAGAAACCAUUGCUAUAACGAAACAGGACAGUCGUCGGAGCCCCAGAGCGCGUUUAUGGACAUUACAGGGCCCUUCAGUCGAAAUGAUGAAGAUUUCUCUGAGCUCGAACCAGACGAGCAGCUCGUAUGCUCGGUGACCGAGAUCACGGAACAUCUCGGCAGGAACAUCACGGUGGUGCUGGAGUCCGCGCUGUCUGAGAUACGAAAGCUGGUCAGCGUCCGGAUCAGAGUCCUGAAAAUGGAGCUCCGCGAGAAAAGCGACGAGAUCGAGCUGCUCAAGGCCAAACUGGAGUCGACGGAGAAAGACGGAAGAGUUUCUAACUCCAGCAGUUUGGAGGGCAGGAAAACUGACAAUCAACCGGGCCAGAAAUACAGCGCAGACCUGAAAAAGACCAAACCCGGGAUGCCAGUGGUCAAGAAGGAGAACAUAAACGCGAUCUGUGACUAUCUGAUGAAGGAUAAGAACCAGCGGGGUGGUGCUGAAGUGGAUAGCGACCAAAGCGACCAGGCAUUUGGGUCAGAGCGGGAUGCGCGCGCUGAACCGCAGCCGCACGCGUCUCUGAGCCUGUGGACGGAUAGCGGUGCCGGGGAUACGGACGCGGACACGGACAUUUUUAACAUGUUACCGUCCGCCAGCAAACGCAUGUAUGACUAUGAGUGGAUGACUGGAGUGGAGCUCAAUUCAGCCGAGUUCAAAGGUGAUCCUGAAAUGAAAUGUGAAAACGUUCCUGCUGAGGAAGGUGAUGACAAUGAAGAUUCAGACGGAGGUAGAGGACGUUUGCGGUCAGUUUCUGACUCAAACCCCUCUCAAUUUUCUUUAGACACACCAGGCUCCCCCCGAGAAGACAGAAGCAGCCCAGCAGAGGACAAUGUCGACAGAAUAGAGCCAGGUCAGCAAUUCUCCUCUCAUACCUUUAUUUGCCCCUUCUGUGGGACUCUCUGCCCUGACUCCUCUUUCCUGGAGGAACACAUAAAGCUUAUGCACCACGAUGAGAGAACCCAGGCUCUGCAGUCCCCUCCGGGAGGUUCUUCCUCUCGUGGGGAUGGUGAUUCGGGGGAAGCAGGGCGAGCUCUGGCAGGCCCAGAAGGACAUGUAAGAGGGGCACCUGUGAAGAAAGUGGAGGGUGGCUACGAGUGUGGAGACUGUGGCCGGCAUUUCAACUAUUUGGGCAACCUGCGACAGCACCAGCGCAUCCACACUGGCGAGAAGCCGUUUGUCUGCUCCGAGUGCGGGGAACGUUUCCGCCAUGCCGCACGUCUCAAGAGUCACCGUCUUAGCCACAGUGGGGCCCAGAGCCCCUUUCCUUGCCCUCAGUGUGGUAAAGGCUUCCCGGUGCUGUCUGGACUUAAGCGCCAUCAACGUGUACAUACUGGAGAGAGUCCUUAUGCUUGUCCCCAGUGCGGGCGCAGAUUUAAGGAGCUGGGCAAUUUAUAUACACACAUGCGCAUUCACAGUGGGGCCACGCCCUAUUCUUGCUACCAGUGUGGGCGGAGUUUCAGACAUCUAGGCACAUAUAAGAGUCAUCGCUGUAUGCCUGCUACUCAGCUGCCCAGUGGGCAUAGUCCAGCAUGGGCACAGGAAGACAAGGUGCAAACUGGCUAAUAUCAUGUCAUCAAAGUUAAAUAAAGUCAAAUAUAUGGUGAUAAAUUGGUGACGUCAGCUGCUGGUUCAGGAACAGCUUUAUUCUGAAGACAGUAAACAACGAAUGAACGUGUGGUCAAAUGGACAGUAGAAGAGAGGAAAUCUCAGUGUGGUCACCUACAGUAGCUGUCUGCAAUGUUGUAUCAUCAUGACAAGAAAAUCAUGAAGGUGUGUGGAUUAACACAUCUUUCAUUUAUUUUAGACAACAUUAUCUUGUUAGAUGCAGUUGUUUUUUUAAACAUUUUGCAAUAAUGUGAUCUCAUUUCAGACACGAAAGGUUUUGGAUGUCCGUACACCGUAUUUCAAGAUUUCACGUAAUAAAUAUAAUUUUGUUUAAAUUGUGUUUACAUUUUUUAAAUACAUGUAUUAACUUUUGUACUGGUGAGAUUCAGAAUUUUUACUGGAAAUGGAAUUGAUCAAGAUUUUGGUUAAUGCAAAUUGAAAAAUGACUAGCUCAGCUGCCAUCUCUCACACCUUACAAAAAUGUUCUGUGGCGAUACCAUAGUAAAAUUAUGUAUCAGAUGGAAAUUUCAUGAUACCUUGGUAACAUAAUAAGGUUGUAUUAGUAAACAUUAUUAAAUUGAUUAACUAACAUGAACAAACAAGUUUUCAAUAUGUAUAAAUUCUUGUUAAUGUUAGUUAAUGUAAAUACAGUUAUUCAUAUUAGUUCAUGAAGCAUUAAAGUUAAAAACAGUUACAACGCUUGAUUUUAAUAAAUGUAUUCGUAAAUGCCGAAAUUAACAAGAAGAGAGUAAUUAAUGCUAUAGAAGUAUUUUACAUUGUUAGUUUAUGUUAACAAAUACAACCUUAUUGUAAAGUGUUACCGAUACCUUAAUAUGGAUUAUAUUGGACUGGGUUUUACAUGGUAUUUCAUGGAUUUAAGGUAUUAUUAUGCAUGGCAGAUUUAAGUACAAAAGAUUAGUAAAAUGUUUCUUAUCAGUAUACAGCCUCUUAUGAUGCCAAAAACUGAUCUACAGUUGUGGCCAAAUGUGAUGUCAGGGGGGUAUAUACAAUGUUUGCUAUAUUAUCCCCUCAGUUUAGAUGAAACCAUUGUUCAAAAAGGCAAAAACCACAGUGUAAUAGGGAAUCUGUUUUUUAUUUAAAUAAAAAAAUACUCACAGGUAAUAAGGCAUACACUCACUGCAAUUGUAUUUGUUAUUAAUAUUUUGUGGUAAUUUUUUGUAUUUAUUGGCCUGAGCGGUCUUCACGAUAUUUUGCAUCCUUAAUAAAAUAUUCGAAUGAAGAUGUCAGUUGUUCAAGGUUGGACAUCAUUUUUGGUCGUGGCUGUAAAAGAUGGAUGUGUUUCAAAAUGUCCAAAAAGCAAAAAGUCUAACUUACUCCAUUUUCAGUACAAAUACCAAAAAUCAGAUUUAGUGUUUCUUUCUUCGUUUGUUGUUUUAUAUUUCAUACAAUUGACAAAUGGUGUUUAAGACCACUUAAAAUGCGAAGCUUGUGUUAUACCUCAGUAUUGCAUUUAUUCGCAUGUGCCCAUUCUAUGCCAUUGUUAAAAUGAGAGCGAGGCCAUCGUGUGGCUCUUUUGUGUUAAUGCAUCAAAAUUGUAGGCGCAUUUGUUCACAUAUUUUGUUACAGAAAGUAUAAACAUUUUCUAUUUCAUAUAUAUGUGAUUUUUUUACAUAUGAAAACUUAAAGAUAAAGCUGAAAAGAAAAAGCUAAUUUCAGAUCUUAGGACUGGUAUAGGCUUCAGCAUUCAUGAACACAAGCAUGGCUUACAUCAAAUUUAGAUUUGUAUUGUUUUUAAUGAGGCUGGUCUUAUACAGUACAAUUUCUUUAACAAUACAGUGAAUAACACAAGAAGACACAAUUUAGAAUUGUAAAUGACUAGUUGUUUAUGCAUUUGUAAGCAGUUCUAAACAUUAUUAAAGCACAUUAAAAAUAAUAACGCUUGUGAUUAAGUAAUUUAAGGAAAAGUUUUAUCUAGCCUGAAACGAAAUGUCAGCUGAUUAUGGACACAUGUUGAUGAAAUGUUUUGUGAAUGUUCAGUCUCUGGCGUGUCUGAGAGGAUAAAGUACCCAUGACUGUUCUGUGAGGGGAAUGUGUAUGUCAGUACACAGUAAAAAAAAAUCCGUAGAAAUUGCAGCUGGUUUUCCAGUAAUUUACCAAAGAUUUAAAUUUAUGUUAUUUACUGGCAACAUUUUGUUCAAAGUUAAAUGAACAUUUAACAUUUACAAUUCUUUGUCUUUACAGAUUAAAAAACAGCAUCAAGCUAAACAUUCUGGGAAACAAAAUCUGAAGCAAAAAACAGAAAAAGGUUGAUGAUGAUUUCUGGUUCCCAGAAUGCUUUGC